AUGGUCGCGGUUGUGUCGCAGGGGUACCUGUGCGCGAUUUUCGUCUCCAUCCCACCGGAUCCCAAGCCCAGAGGGGUGACGCAAAUCAACAGAGAGGCUUUCGCUUCAUUCCCCUUCGACGCCACCGCCAGCCUCGUCCGUCGGAAGGGGUCCGGCACAAGGCCACCGGUCGGCUGGGAGGUAAAGUCUUCCCAGCAGCUCGCCGCCUCGCUUCGCCACCCCGACCCUGGAGCCCCCGGCACCACCACACCCUUCGGCCGCGAUGCCGCCGCCGAUUGCCAAGCAGGUGCCCUAGUAGCGGGCCAAGCUCAGCGACGAAGCGGCGGCGGCGACAUCGCAGGCUUUAGAAAGGUUGUACCGGCGGGGGCGGGAGCGGUGGGAAGUAUGGAAACCCGGGAGUGCAAGGCGGCGGCGGGGGCGGUGCGUUCGCCGAAAAGUGGCGACACGCUGCACAUGUUGGCGCCGCCGUCCGAUAUCGGCCUGGUGGGUCGCGGUGGCGCGCGGGGCGUGUUUGGAACGGCAAGGAUUGCGUCGUCGGACGCCAGGGCUGCGGCGGCUGCGGCGGCGGAGGGACAAUGCGUCGAAGACGUGGUGGAGUCCGGUCACGCAGGACCGGUUCUAUUGUUGGGCCGGACGAAGACGAAGCCGCUGUCGCCAGGGCCCUCCCACUCCACCCGCGGACCCCACGCGCACGGCGAGAACGGGGAGAAACAUCUCGAGGGGGGGGAGUUGGGUGAGUCGCUGGGAAAGCACGACCACUUCUCAGCAUGCCACAGGCAUCGCCACUGUCACCGCCGCCAUUUCCACCAGCACCUCAGCCAGGAGAUGAAGGUUUGCAGCAGCUGGACCGGGUCGGCACAAACAGACGCACCCAGCAUCGGCUCCGACGACGACAACGACGACACGGCCGUGCGGCUCAGGGCGAACGACGAAACCGUGGUGCGCGUGAGCGAGCUGCCGGACGUGUGCGCGAUCUGCUUGGGGCAGUACGCCACAGGGGAGGAGGUUCACGUGCUGCCCUGCCUGCACAUAUUUCACGCCGAGUGCCUGGACGUCUGGAUCCGCGGUCACCCGUCCUGCCCUUACUGCAAGGGUGACCUGAACGUUAUCCCGCAAGAAAACAAUUCGUCACACGAGACGACGGCAAUAUGUUAUGCCUGCAGCGUGCUGUCUCGGAUGGUGUCGUUCGUCGCCGGGCCCUUCGUUCGGUUUUUCCGCGGACUCUGGGAGCGGCGGCGGCAGCAGCGAGAGCAGACGGCCGAGGGUGGCGGGGACAGGGAGGCGGGAGAGGGGAACGAAGCUGCCGAAGGGGUUGUUAGGUUUGCUCCACCAGCGUUGGACUCUCCGGCAGCGACACCCGUGCCGCCAUCUGUGGUGGCAGCGUGA